UGAACUUUGUACUGCAAUUGCAUAGAAAGAUCGGCUUGUUGUUGUUCUGAGAGCUAAUUUUAGCUCCUUCUUUUAGGGACAGUUGUAUAGAAAAGGCCUUUUUCUUGACACCAGAGACCAUGGUACUAAAAGUAGCAAUUAUUGGGGCAGGUGUGAGUGGACUGGCCUCCAUCAAAUGCUGCCUGAGUGAAGGACUGGAGCCUACUUGUUUUGAGAAGAGUGAUGGAAUUGGAGGUCUCUGGCAAUUCACAGAAAUUCCUGAAAGGGGAAGAAACACUGUGUACAGAUCGGUGAUCACCAAUACCUCCAAGGAAAUGACUUGCUUCAGUGACUUCCCAUUUCCAGAGGAUUACCCAAACUAUCUACACAAUUCUGUCCUCCUGAAGUAUCUCAAGGCAUAUGCAGAACAUUUCCAGCUUCUGGACCAUAUACAAUUUAAGACUACAGUAUACAGCAUCAGAAAACAUCCAGAUUUCGCAUCCACAGGACAGUGGGUAGUUCAUACUGAGACUAAUGGGCAGCAGGCAUCGGCCGUUUUUGACGCUGUUAUGGUUUGCAGUGGCAGUUAUUCAGAGCCCAAGCUACCACUAGACGCCUUUCCUGGAAUUGAGAAAUUCAAGGGUCGCUAUAUACAUAGCUGGGAAUACAGAGAUCAAAAAGAGUUUGAAAGGCAAAAUGUCCUUGUAAUUGGUGUUGGAAAUACUGGAGGGGACAUUGCUUCAGAGGUCUGCCGCACAGCUGCUAAGGUCUUUCUCAGCAUCAGAAGUGGAGCAUGGGUGCUCAGCCGUGUUGCUGGAUCUGGCUGGCCUUCUGACAUGAUUUUGGGAACUCGCUUGAUGGCAUACAUUCAACGGCUUCUUCCUGGAUGGAUAUUGCGUAGAAUGAAGGCAAAGAUAUUCAAUCGGUGGUUUAACCAUGAGAACUAUGGAUUGGUUCCUGUUCAAAGCUCAUGGACACCCGUGAUAGUGAAUGAUGAGUUGCCCUCCUGCAUCCUCUCUGGUGCCAUUGUGGUAAAGCCAAAUGUGAGGGAAUUUACUGAGACUUCUGUCAUCUUCAAGGAUGGAACAACAGAGAAUAUAGAUGUGAUCAUCUUUGCUACAGGUUACAAUGCCUCUUUUCCUUUCUUGGAAGAGCCAGUUCAAAACAUGUGCGAUAACAGCGUAUCCCUUUAUAAACGCAUCUUCCCUCCUCACUUGGAAAAACCCACGCUGGCAAUCAUUGGUUUUAUAGCAAUAAAUGGAUCGAUUCCACCUGUGGCAGAACUUCAGGCUCGCUGGGUCACAAGAGUGUUUAAUGGUUCGUGUAAAGUCCCAUCAGCAAACAGAAUGAUUUGUGAAGUUGCUAAACGGAAGACAACUCUUCUUAAAAUGGGAUUUCCCAUGGAAAAGGACAGUGCAAAGGCAAGCUUUGUUGCCUACAUGGAUGAAAUUGCUGCUUGUGUAGGGGUUAAGCCUAACUUGCUGUUGCUCUUCCUAUUGGACCCCCAACUAGCCUUUAAAAUUCUUUGUGGACCUUGCACUUCUUAUCAGUUCCGUCUGACUGGACCUGGGAAAUGGGAACAAGCCAGAAGCACAAUCCUGACAGAGUGGGACCGAGUUCUGAAGCCCUUGAAGACGACAGUCGACAAUAGUUCCAAAGACUCCACAACUUCUUUCUGGUUUAUGGUCCUUGGCUUUUCAUUCCUUGGGGCUUCUUUGGUCAUUUUAAAAACUCAUCACAUUCAUGACUACCUAGGAUGAGAGAGGUGCACUUUUCAUAUUACAUGGAUCUCUUGGUUUCAUUGUACUGAUUAAGUAUAUAUCCAAUACAAUAAAACAAAAAGGAAAUCAGACACUAAAAAUAUUUUAAACAAGAGGCAUACAAUCCUGCAUAGCAGUCAAGCGUUCAGACUGAACAAAAAUGUGACUUUCUUUCAAGUAAGUUGUGAAACAAGACUGGGAAACAUACCAUGAUUUAAAUUUUGCUCAAUUAUUACUAAUCCCUUCAAAAAACACAAAUUAUACAACAGCAAUUAUAUCCUUAAAUAAAAGAGAAUAAAAUGUAUCAAA